AAAUGUAUUUUAGCGUAAAUAAAAAUCUCAAUUAAAAGCCACUUUCUCCACCAUAUAAGCAUGAUUUAAUAGAUUGCAUAUUCCUCUCAGGGGCACCCAUAACAAACUUCCCCACCCCCCUUGAAUCAAUGUCAUAGCAGUCGACAAAAUUGCAAUUUCUUUUCCACUUUCCCAAAUUUUCACCAUCAUUUCAUGCCAAUUACUUCACCACACAUCUCCUCAUCUCUAUAAAAUCAUCCCCAUUUCUCACAAACACAGAAAUACACGAAACAGAGACACCCAGAAAUGGAUCCUUCAAAGCCAAUUCUUUGCGUUCUUGACGCUUCCUCUUACGUCGGAUUUUGGGUCACCAAAGGAUUGCUAAGCAAAGGAUACCCAGUUCAUGCAGCCGUCCAGAACACUGGAAAGCCUGAGAUUGAAAAGACUAUUAGAGAGAUGUGUAAAGUGGAGAACGGGCUGAUGGUUUUUUCUGUAGAUAUCAUGGAUUAUCAGAGUAUUCUUGUUGCUUUGAAAGGGUGUUCUGGUUUGUUCUGUUGUAUGGACACCCACCAUGUGUAUGAUGAAAAAAUGGUGGAUUUGGAGGUUAGAGGAACAAUUAAUGUCGUCGAGGCUUGUGCUCAGACCGAUAGUGUUGAAAAGAUUGUCUUCACAUCCUCCUUAACUGCUGCUGUGUGGAGAGAGAAUAUUCUCUCUGAGAAAGACGUGGAUGAAAGAUGUUGGAGUGACAAAGAAUUUUGCAGGAAAAUGAAGUUGUGGUAUCCUUUGGCAAAGACACUUUCUGAACAAGCAGCGUGGGCUCUUGCAAUGGACCGAAGGCUAAAAAUGGUGUCAAUCAACGCAGGGCUUGUUCUUGGACCUGCUGUUGCAGAAGAGAAUUCAGGCUCAACAAUCUCAUAUCUCAAAGGAGCUGCUCAGAUGUAUGAAAAUGGGGUUCUAGCUGUGGUUGAUGUGAAGUUUUUGGUGGAUGUUCAUAUUCGAGCAAUGGAAGAUUCGUCGACGGGUGGUCGAUAUUUCUGCUUCGAUCAAAUAGUGAAUAGUGAGGAAGAAACUGUUAAACUUGCGAAUAUAUUGAGGCCAUUGAUAUCUCUUCCACAAAGGUACGAAGUUCAAGGAAAGGAAGCUUUUGCUGAGAGACUCAGAACUAGGAAAUUGCACAAACUCAUCGAAGGCACUGCUUAAUACUAAAUUUCAAAACUUUAGGGAAAAAGAUCGACUUUUUUUUUCCAUUUUUUCUUCUUCUUUUAGUAUGUAUCUUUGUUAGCACUUAAUAUAAUGAAGAAAAAAAAACUACUCUUUUAGCGUGUA